CAUACAUUCACACAUUUAUUAAGUUAGGAAGCUACAAACCAAAGCAGUUUCUUUCCCGAGAAGAGUUUCAAGGUGCUAAGUUAAGGUGGAAUCACUUAGCCCAAGAACUGUUAAAUAAGGACACAGCUGUAAUCCUCAGAAGUUUCCAAGACUCAGGUAGUAUCUGAACCCAAAGCCGAGAGGUCCUUAAGUUCCACAGCAGAGAUGAAACAGGCUUUGAAGCCUCCUUGGGGAUUCAUUCCUGAGAAGCCACCCUGUGAUGGUCGCUCCCUUUAGAAGAGACAAUGUUCGGUGUACGACCGGCCGGGUCCAUCGGCCAGAGACCUGAGCUCCGUGACGCUCAUCGUGCACGUCCUGCAGGGAGGCCCCUGCCCGCGUCCGCAGGGACAGAGAGGGGACCAGGCAGCCUCACGGCUAGACCCCGCCCCAGCUCCUACCAGCGCCUAUCCCGGCCGGCGCGCUGGUCACGCGGGGGAGCGCCGCGGGCUGGCGGCCAGUGCCGGCGGGGCCCGAGUGGCGGCGGCCGGGCGGGGCGGGUGGAGAUUAGAAAUAGGGAGAGCCGGCCAAGCCGCCAGCCCCGAGCACGCCGCGCAGCGAGCGGCCGCACCCGCAUCCAUGCUGUUGACGCUGGCCAGCGGCGCGCUCUUCUUCCCGGGGCUCUUCGCGCUCAGCAACUGGGCGCUGCGCCGCUUGCGGCCCGGAUGGACGGACGACGACUGCCUGACGGUCGGCACCAGGCUAGUGUCCUCCGUGCAGGCAGUGCUGGCCACCGGGGCGGGGCUCACCGUCAUCACCUCCUGCAGCAACGUGGUCUCAGACAGAUGCUGCUCUUGCUUUUCUCCUUUGCUCAAGAUAAGGAGAUGCCUUCGGAAAACUAAAACGUUUGUGCACAAAGUCAGGCCAGAAAGUGCUAUCUAUGGCACUUCAGUGAGACAAAUCGUAAAUUAAGACCAGGAUGGAUUAUGCUGUUUAGACACAGGUAGUGGUGGCGCUUUUAUCUGUAGACCUGACUGCCAUGGAACUUGUGACACUCCUCCUCCACCUGUCUCCCAAGGGUGGAAUGACAAACAGAUGUGCCACCGCACUGAGAUGCUCUUGUUUAUCUUUCCACUUGGGCUCUUCGAACCACUCUUUCUUCCAGAGAAGCUAACGGGCGCCAGGCAGGAGCCCAGAGAAAGUUGGUUGGCCUCUCCUGAUUUUCCUGCCCUGCUCGUCCUGUUUCCCCUGCUGGAAGAAGAGGCAAAGGAGAGAAUGAGACUGUCUCACAGUUGCCUGGGAUCUUACUUGGGUUUGAUCAUACUGUCGCCAUUUCAUGUUUUUUUCUCGUAUGUCUGUUCUUUUUGAGACAGGGUCUCACUAGGUAGUUUGGACUGGCCUCAAAUUCAGAGAUCCGCCAGCCUCAACCUUCUCAGUGCUGGGAUAGAAGGUGUGCACCACCAUGCCCGCCCUUGAUAGUUUACUUGAAAUUGCUGUAAGUAAUGAGUCCAUUGAUAGGCAGUAGGUCUUAGAUCUCUUGGCCCAGAUAGCGGCAGCGAGCUAAAUGACUUGCCUAUGUGUGUAUUAUGUGUGCCAUUGUUACUUGUUUGCCUCUAGUUCUUUUCUAAUUGAGCCAUGCUGUGAUAAAUGGGGAGUUAUUCAGGAGCAGAGUCUCACGUGGCGCCUUUUCUAGCGUCCUGGUGCUGCUGCUCAGUGGAUUGGGAAAUCACCCGAGACCAGGUGGAAAGUACAAAUUUGAUCCUAGGCACGGCUGGUCUCUGGGGAGCAGAGUGCUUUCCAAGCUUUCAGUGACUCUGAUACUCGAGCAGUUUGAGAACUAUACAGUGAGUUUCCUCUUCUAACACAGCUGCUCAAAAACUUACUAAGUGAGGCUAAUCCUCCCAACAUAGGGCAAAUUCCAAUGUAAAUGUUUCUCUGUAUGAAAUUUUUGGGGAAGAGUGCAGAGAUGGACUUCUUGUGUAUGCCAGAAACGGUAACAAACCAUCAUUUUGGCCCAGAUGUUUCACUUCUACCGGGCAACUUAAUAGGAACAGACAUGUGCCCAAAAUCAGGCCAGGAAAUGGACAUCUUUUGACCUGGCUUCUCUUGGUAUUUAGUUGCUGUCAUUCGGUCCUUGAAGUCCCAGGUGAACUUCUAGACACUUUUUAAGAAUUUUAAAGUUAAUUUAUUCACUGUGUGUUUGCAUGCAUGCCAUGCUGUGUUUGUGGAAGUGAGACAAUUAGCAGGAACUGAUUCUCUGCGUCUAUCAUGUCUGUCUGGGGAUUGAACUGAGGGGCCGUCAGCCUUAGUGGCAAGCAUCUUAACCCACUGGACCAUCUAUUUUUAUGGAUGAAUGGAACCCAGGAUUACUUAUAGAUUGAAAAUAACAUGGCCAGGUCUGCUUCCCGUAAACCGUCUACAACGGGGCAUGGAGAAGCAAGAAAAAAACUGUGUAGAUCCAGAAGGUCUCAGGAACUCCCAGCUGUUGAGCAACUGAGGAGUUAAACUGGAAAGGUUGGACUUGUGAUUUAGAACACCUUCCAAACCAGUUCCUUGGCGGAGCUGCUGAAUCAUUUGGAAGUUUAUCUCCAUCAGAGUCAGUUUCUAUCAAAAUGCUCGAAGUCUACUGCAGAUAAAUAGCUGAACCAGGCAAAGAGUUAUAGCAAACUACCUGUAUAUACAGGCAGAAUGAGUUCCUGCUUCUCAACCUUGGCCCUCGCACAUUUGCUUUAUAAUUUAGAGACACUCUCCUCAGCAGCUUCACCCUCUUCACUCUGAAGUGUUCAGAGUGAUAGUAGCUGGCUGAAGACAGAACUGAAGGGAACUGGUGAAGAGACUGGCUUUGUGCUGCAUCAUUGACGUCCCUGGUUAUUUUAGAGCCUGUCUCUGUGCUUUCUUUUAGGCACUGGCUUGCCACAGAAUAUGUCUGGUUUUUGAUUCCAUAUAUGAUCUAUGACUUCUAUGCCAUGUACCUCUGUGAGUGGUGCCGAACCAAAGACCAGAACCUCAGACGUGUCAC